UCGGUCACUAACACGAUUGGCCCAAACAUAUGGUCCAAUUAUGUCUAUUAAGUUAGGUCAAAUGACUACCAUAGUAAUUUCAUCACCCACAAUGGCGCAAGAAGUCAUGCAAAAAAGGAUACUUCCUUUUCCAACAAGUUCAUCCCGGACGCUGUUCGUGCAUGCGAUGCACACAAGCUCUCUAUUAUUUUUCAACCCAUAAACGACCGUUGGAGGAGCUUGAGAAGGCUCUCUUACACCCAUAUAUUCUCCAGCCGAGUUCUUGAUUCCACACAACAUGACCGACGUAGGAAGGUGGAGGAGCUCUUGACAUACAUCCGAAAAUGUUGUCACGAAGGAAAGACUGUGAACGUAGGUCGGGCAGCCUUCCGAACAUCGUUGAAUGUGUUGUCCAACACCCUUUUCUCGGUUGAUUUGGCCGAUUCCGAAAUGGACGGGUCUCGUGACUUCAAGGAAUUGGUUUUGAACAUUAUGUUAGAGGCCGGAAAACCCAAUAUGGUUGACUAUUUUCCGGCGUUACGUUCCAUCGACCCUCAAAGAAUACGUGGGCGUAUGUCAUCAUAUGUCUUGAAGGUAUUGACAUUAUUCGGUCAAAUGAUUGACAAGAAAAUGGUAAUGAAAACCUUUUUGAGGGAUAUUCCCAAAAACGACGCGUUGGACGUGCUUCUCAAAAUUUCUCAAGAGGAUACCAACGAAAUCAACAAAGAUCAGUUAGUGCAAAUGUGUAUGGAUUUUUUUGUUGCUGGAACAGAUACUACCUCAAGCACCCUUGAGUGGGCAAUGACAGAAUUAUUGCGACACCCAACAUGCAUGAAAAAUGCGAAAAAUGAGCUUAAACGAAUAGUUUGUGAUGGUAAACAAGUAGAAGAGUCAGAUAUUGACAAAUUACCCUAUCUGCAAGCGAUUAUAAAGGAAACUAUGAGAAUGCACCCGCCAGCCCCGUUUCUUAUCCCUCGCCAAGUUUAUACAGAAAUUGAUUUAUGUGGUUACACAAUCCCAAAGGGAGCACAAGUAUUGGUUAACGUUUGGGCAAUAGGUCGAGACCCCGAUAUCUGGGAAAGCCCCAUGGAAUAUAAGCCUGAGAGGUUUAUAGAUUCAAAAAUUGAUCUCCGUGGUCAGGACUUUGAAUUGAUUCCUUUUGGAGCUGGACGGAGGAUUUGCCCGUGA